CCUUAUCUAUCCUGGGGCAUGUUAUUAUGACAGUCCCGCCUUCCUCUCCAUUUCUCCCGGCCAAUCAGGCUCUAAUAAGCUUCCGGAUGCUGCGGCGAGUCGCCUUCCAGCCACGUGGGCUGCUUCUUCCACGCCUUCCUACGGCAGGUUCCGCUCUUGCCUGUUUUUUGCGAUUCAUCCAGGCGCCUUGCUUGCUGCUGCUGCUGCUGCUGCGUCGUCUCUUAAGCUGCAUCAAGCACCGCUCGGGCUGUCUGCUGCGCGUCUCUGGCUUGAUCCAGCCUUUGUGUCUGUGCGUGCGUGCGCGCAGCAUCCGCAGCGGUCCGCCCUCCGGUUCUGUUGCUGCCCGGUGGUGGAUAUGGUGGGUUUCACGGUACCCGCAGAAGUCAGUGUGAUCCUGUUAGAUAUAGAAGGCACAACAACUCCGAUUGCAUUUGUCAAGGACACCUUAUUUCCCUACAUCAAAGACAAUAUUAAAGAUUACUUGCGAGCACACUGGGAAGAAGAGGAGUGCCAGCAGGAUGUCGGUCUCUUGAGAAAACAGGCGGAAGAGGACUCUCAUAUGGAUGGAGUUGUGCCUAUUCCGCUGGAAACCAGGGACGGGGAAGAGGAGGUCGAACGUAUUAUCCAGGCUGUCGUAGACAAUGUCCGCUGGCAGAUGUCUUUAGACAGAAAGACCACCGCCUUGAAACAGCUCCAGGGUCACAUUUGGAGGGCAGCAUAUGAAAAUGGCCGUGUGAAGGGAGAGUUCUUUGAGGAUGUGGUUCCAGCAGUGAGAAAGUGGAGAGAAGCUGGUAUGAAGGUUUAUAUCUAUUCUUCUGGGAGUGUGGAGGCACAAAAGCUCUUGUUUGGGAACUCAACGGAAGGUGAUAUUCGAGAGCUCUUUGAUGGCCACUUUGAUACGAAAAUAGGCCCCAAAGUUGACAGCGAGAGUUACCAGAGGAUUGCUUCCAGCAUCGGGUGUUCCACGAACAACAUCCUGUUCCUGACAGACGUCACUCGGGAGGCUGAUGCCGCAGAAGAAGUUGACAUGCAUGUGGCUAUAGUAGUCCGGCCAGGCAAUGCAGGACUGACGGAUGACGAGAAAUCUUAUUACAGACUUAUAACCUCUUUCAGCGAACUGUACCUGCCAUCGUCAACACCGUGAGAAGAAGCAAAUUUGCACAUGGAUUUUUUUUUAUUUUUAAGAAAGACCAAACACCGCCUGAUGAAAUUCCCCUUGAAUAAUUUAUGGUAGUUUUGUUGGUGAUAAGAAUGCAAAAGAGAAAUCAUUGGAUACUUGGCCCUCUGAGGACAGGAAAUCAGGACUGCCGUGAUUAGAGUGACCAAUGGUGUUGUGAGUCUGUUUCAAAGUAACGCCCGUGAAAUCCCCAGUUGGCAGUCUGGCUUGAGAAUUGCACAUCGAGGAAUCGGAAGGCAUGCUCCACUGGACGGGUCUACUGUGCAAGCCCUUCUGAGAUGACUAGGAUGGUGCAAGCGCACAGCAGUGCUUGUCUGCACUUCUCAUUCUCACCACAAAGGGGCUUGCUCAGGACACCCUCCUGGUGGGUUGUACCCAGGCUAGGGGUGCGCAUGGGCCCCAGUUCGGGCCGUGGUUCAAAUUCAGAGUGGUCUGUGGUUCGGCAAACUGGUGGUUUGGGGCGAUGCCGGGGGGUAGGGGUAGCGAGCAGCACCUUUAAAAGUAAAGCCACACGUCCUUACCAGCAUACAGCAUCACUGACCGCCACUCCACACAGCUUCCUGCUGCUCCAGGGCUCUCCCCAGCAGCAUGCAGCCUCCACGUGUGGAAGCCAGUUAAGUGCUGGAGCCAUGCGGCUGCACACGGGCUGCUGGGAGUGCUGACGCCACAGUGGUCAGUGAUGCUGUAUGCUGACAUAGACCAGCAGCUUUAUUAUAAAGGUGCCACUCGCUGCUCCACCCCCCUGGCACCACCUUGAAGCCCCAGACCAGUCCAAAUUCGGACCGCGGCUUGAUCUGUGCACAUCCCUAACCCAGGCUGUUCUAGCACAAGCUCACAAUCCCUUGGGUUUGAAAGCCUCCUGCCAGUAAAGAUCUCUUAAGAUCUUUCUCUUUGCCAGUAGGUAAAAUGAUACAACUCAUUGUCCCAGUUCUUUAAAAGUCUUGCAAGCUACAGCUGAUGGGCUGAGUAUUCUGCUCUGAGAAGCAAAGCAAGUUAGUGUGUGAGGUUUGCCAAAUUGCAGACUGUAUUUGUAAAUGCCGUUGAGGCCUUUCCAGGUGGUAGUGAUGUGUCUUGUGUUGGAGAUACUCCAUAUGAUGCUUCCUGAGCUAGCGUACCCAUUUGAGGAAAUUGCAUUUUCCCUACACUGAGUCGCUGGGGAAAUGUAAUCUCUCCCCCACUCUGCAAUUGCGACUAUUGAAGGUGUGAGGUUUUAUUUUUAAAGUUGUACUAAUAUUGGAGACACCAGUUGAAUAUUGCCUGUGACAUCGCUGCUGCAAGCAGUCGCUUCUACUCCUACCUGCAUCAUGUUGAGAGUGUUUAAUAACCCGCCAUGUAUUUUCCUUUUUUUUGCUUUUCUUUUUUUCUUCAAAGAUUCUGUGUUCCCAGUCUCCCGAACAGUAGUACAUGUCUCUCUGUCUGUCAUAUGAAUGAAUGAAACAAAAAGAUAUGUGUCUAGGCUCACUCAUGAUACAAAACCAAGGCCAAAAAAAUCCAGGUUUAUGUAAUUACAAAUUUUAAAAUAGGAAUUAAAAAUUACAAAUAACCUGAUAAAAGCAGUCAAUAAUAGAUUCCUGUACAGUUGUAAAAAUCAAUACACCCACUAGCUACAACAAACUAUUCACAGAAAUGGAUUCUUAUCCAAAAGAUACAAUAAUUCAAGAAUCUUAGUAUAAAAUACACAAAGAAUCAUAUUCACUGUUGAGUCCCUGCAGAAUGAGUCAGGAGGUUCUGUUGGAGAAUCAACAGUGAAUAUUAUUCUUAGUGUAUUUUAUAUUAAGAUUCCUGAAUUACUGUAUCUUUUGGAUAUGAAUCAAUUUCUAUGAAUAAAGUAGUAUCUGAUAGGUGUAUUAAUUUUUAUAGGACUGUACAGGGAUACAGGACUGUUUUUAUUGGGUUAUUUGUAAUUUUUUAUUCAUAUUAAUAUAAAUUUGUAAUGACAUAAGCCUGGUUCUUUUGGACUUUGGAAGUAAACAAUGUGUCACAUACUUGCCUCCAGGUAUGCCCUGCAACAUAACUGCUGCCUUGCAGCAAGAUGACUCCUGCCCUCUUCUGUAAUGUGAAGAGGAGAGGGGUGUGUGUGAGAGUGUGUGUGUGAGAGAGAGAGAGAGAGAGAGAGAGAGAGAUUACCAUCCUCACUGGAUGGGGUUUGUGUUAAGAGACACAUGUGUUUGUUUCUGCACAAGCACCAUUGUCUGAAACUAUGUUUCUGCACCUUGUAAUAACUGCAAUCCUGGUCAUGGUCUGAAGGCAAGUGAUGUAGCAGCUAGAGGUGUGUAGAAUGUUCCGGGGUCAGAAUGUUCUGCCUCAAAACUGGCUGUUUCAAGGCUUCUGAGCUUGGAACAGAAAAGCGGGGCCUGUUCUGAGCCUGAAACGGAUCCACCCCAUACCAAGUGCACUCUUCUGGCUGCCACGCAUGCGCAGUCACCAGAAGAGCACCAUUUGGAAUCCAAAAUGGCGCUUGGUACGAUUCAACAGAAAGGGGUCAUUUCAUUGGAACAAGGGGCACAACAGCUUGUUUUGACGGAACGGUCUGCACAUUUUGUGUUCUGUUCCGAACUCUGAACGGAACGCAAAAUGUACACACCCCUAGUAACAAUGUUCUUGAACCUGAGCAAGUCUGGGUCUGUUCAGUGUCUGGAUGGCAGAUUGCCUAGGAACCCUGGCUGACAUACACAGCAAGGAUGCAUCAGUGCAGUGAGAGAGCAGCCUAACAGAUCUUCCUAACUAAUUGCAGCAGGGAAGUGGCAGUGUUUGAUGCCCUCUCCUUCCCCAGCACGCCUUCUUUGCCACCCGAAAAUAUGCCCCCGAGGGCUGAGCAGCCCUUAUAGACAUAUUUUCGAGUGGCAUAUUAUAGGGCUUCCUAGGGAAGGGGAAAGUGUCCGGAAUUGCUGCUUCCCCAAUGCUUGGGUAUGCAUGUGCAAUGUAUGUCUGCCCCUGCCUGUUUGUCAGUCCCCUUCUAUGGCACUCUGAGUUCCAUAGUGGGAAAAGGGUGGGAUACAAAUGUAACUGUCUGUGGUGGACAGUCUUAUCCUGAGGACAAGCUUGGUGUACAGGUUCUUCAGGAACCAAGGAAUUCAUAAAAAUAAGUUGGGGUGAAGUUUCUUUGGAGUUGGGCAUCUCUUUGGUUCAUGUGGGUUUCACAGCAUGUUAUAAACUGAAAUGAUGCUGUUCUCACUUGCACAUAGGAGGGCAGCUGUAUCCUAGCAGCCCUCUACAGAAAUACGCCACUUCUCAAAAACCUUUGCAUGCUGGGGGGGAGGGGGGGAACCACAAGUGACUGUAAAUCCACCUGUGAUAAUUUUAGCAAUAAAGUUUCCUUUUGUGUGGUCAUGAAAAACACUUGUCUGUGUUAGAUGAGUUCCAUGUCAUGGUUUACUUUUUGCCUUGUGGUGCAUGAAUUGUAAUGGAUCUGUUGCAGAAACACCCUGCAGUGAUGCUGCACUGAACCAGCUUCAGUUUAAAUGGUCACCCAUGCAGUAGACAUGCCUGCUAAAUAAAAGUCUAGUUUUAUGGUUUGA